ACACAAACCCUCAUUUUCCUCCAAUCCAUCCCUUCUCUGAUUCCCAAACCCAAACCCACCAAAGUCACCAUCCUUUCCCCGCACUUUCCCGAGAAACAAACAAACAAACGAAAAUGAGAGAAAUUCUCCACAUACAGGGAGGGCAAUGCGGGAACCAGAUCGGAGCCAAGUUCUGGGAGGUGAUCUGCGACGAGCACGGCAUAGACCACACUGGAAAGUACAGCGGCGACUCGGAGCUCCAGCUCGAGCGCAUCAAUGUCUACUACAACGAGGCCAGUGGCGGAAGGUACGUCCCACGCGCCGUCCUCAUGGAUCUGGAGCCCGGGACCAUGGACUCCGUCAGAUCUGGGCCGUUCGGACAGAUCUUCAGGCCGGAUAACUUCGUUUUCGGUCAGUCCGGCGCCGGAAACAAUUGGGCGAAAGGCCAUUACACCGAGGGCGCCGAGCUCAUAGAUUCCGUUCUCGAUGUCGUUCGCAAGGAGGCCGAGAAUUGCGAUUGCUUGCAAGGAUUCCAAGUGUGUCAUUCAUUGGGUGGUGGUACGGGUUCUGGCAUGGGAACUCUUCUUAUUUCAAAGAUCAGGGAGGAGUAUCCAGAUCGGAUGAUGUUGACAUUUUCCGUCUUCCCUUCUCCAAAGGUGUCCGACACUGUUGUUGAACCAUAUAACGCCACCCUCUCAGUGCACCAGCUUGUUGAAAAUGCUGAUGAAUGUAUGGUUUUGGACAAUGAAGCUCUAUAUGACAUUUGCUUCAGAACUCUCAAGCUUGCUACUCCUACUUUUGGUGAUCUCAACCAUCUCAUCUCUGCUACCAUGAGUGGUGUCACGUGUUGUCUAAGGUUCCCUGGACAGCUGAACUCUGACCUCCGGAAACUGGCUGUUAACCUCAUUCCUUUCCCUCGCCUGCACUUCUUUAUGGUUGGAUUUGCCCCACUAACUUCGAGAGGAUCCCAGCAGUACCGUGCUCUCACUGUGCCUGAACUGACCCAGCAGAUGUGGGAUGCCAAAAACAUGAUGUGCGCAGCUGAUCCACGCCAUGGUCGUUACCUCACCGCUUCCGCCAUGUUCCGUGGUAAGAUGAGCACAAAAGAAGUCGAUGAACAGAUGAUCAACGUCCAGAACAAGAACUCCUCAUACUUUGUCGAGUGGAUACCCAACAAUGUGAAGUCUAGCGUGUGUGACAUUCCACCCAAGGGUCUGAAGUUGGCUUCGACUUUUAUUGGAAACUCGACUUCAAUUCAGGAGAUGUUCAGGAGGGUCAGCGAGCAGUUCACGGCUAUGUUCAGGCGCAAGGCUUUCUUGCACUGGUACACUGGCGAGGGAAUGGAUGAGAUGGAGUUCACCGAGGCUGAGAGCAACAUGAAUGAUCUGGUGGCGGAGUACCAGCAGUACCAGGACGCUACUGCUGAUGAGGAGGAAUACGAGGAGGAAGAGGAGGAGGAGAUUGUUGGCUGAUGUCUGUUUGUAGUUGGUUCAGUUUGUGUCUAAAGCUUGUAUUGUUGUUGGCUUACUUUCGGUUUAAGCGAGUGAUUGUCCGUUCUCCCGCAGUCAAUUUAGCUUUGACAUGUUGAUGUGUAUACCAUAUUACCAUUUUGCUAUUAUGCGUCCUCGUAUAGAAAUGGGUUUUGUAACUAUGCCAUUUGUUUCGGAUUGUCUUUUAUGAUAUCCACAGUAUUGGUUAAUUUUAUUUUAUUUUUUU